AUGUCUGUGUCUAAGUUAUAUGAAAGAUCAAUGAAAAUGUUGCAAAUGGUAAUCCAUGAAGACGCCAAUAUUGAAAACAAAGAAAGUGAGAUAAAGCAAGUUGAAGAGUAUUCUUUGCCACAAAAUGUACAAAGUCUAGAUGCUGAACAGACAUUGAACAUAGAAAAAUCUCCAGACACUAUUUUUAUAUCUAAUAAUAAUGAAGUUGGUGAAAUACAGCAAUAUGUUGAAGAGAAUUCUUGGCCCCUGAAUGAAGUACAUAAUCGAAGUGUAGAGCAGGCAAUAAAUAUGGAAAGUUGUACAUACGAUAGGUUCGUAGCCAGCCAGCAUGAGCCAGCAAAUGAAGCUUCUAAUCUAGCUUUAUACGAGGUCUUUGUUAGCUUAGGUGGCGAGCUUAUUGAAAUUUUAGGAGGAGGAGAAGAUAAAGAAAAUAAUAUACUAAUAAACAGAUAG